AAUUGUUAUCUAAGGAGUAAUUUAAUGUUGAUAAUUUUAUGAAUUAUUGAAAAGUGAAAGCAACGUUUAAUUUUUAUGUUCUUUGUUCUCUAAAAAUUAUAUCCUUAACUUGUAUUGAAUAAUUACUUAGUAACCAAUACGUGCAAAACAAUUGUAAAAAAUGACUUUAUUUUUUGGACUUGGAAGGAAUGUCGUGUACGGAUUAAAUAGCAUUACAAGAAGAUAUUCAUCUUUAAACAACUCUGUGACCUCAAGUCCUAAUAAUUCUACCACUCCAAGCGAACAAGCUUCUUUUGAAACUAAAGCAAGUUAUCCACUCACCAAGUCUAAGAAAAUUCUAUGUGUUUGGGCAAAGAAAUAUCCAUCUGUGAAAGAGAUACCUGAUAAAAUUCCACUGGAAACAUGGAGUAAAGUAAGAUCUAUUAUAAGAAUUAAAGUUGCCAAUAUUACAAUGCUCUUAGUACUUGUUGGAUGUGUUGCUAUGAUUGUAAGUGGAAAACGAGCUCGGGAACGUGGAGAAACAAUUUCAGAUAGAAAUCUAGAAUGGCAUAAAAGAUAUACUAAGGGUGAUGAAGAGGAGAUAAAAAAUAUUGGAGUUUUUGGAAAAUAGAUUAUACAUUUUAUUACCAGAUUUAAACAAAAAAAUAAUCAUAAUUUAUUAGUUAAUAUUUUAUUUAUUAGUCAAUCAAAAUUAAGUUUUAGUACCUUGUGUAGUUUUUUUUUUUUCAAAAAUAAUUAUCUAAAACUUUAACAAUAAUUGUGUAAAAACUGAAGAUCAUUUAUUUGUAAUUUAGAAUUAUGAUUUGCAUUGUAAAUAAACUUGUAAAUACAUUCUGGUAGUUACAAUA